GUCGUUUCACAGAUCAUGUCGUGUUUGUUUCGUCGAUCGAAAAGGAAGGGUUCUCGCAUACAGUUGUUACUGGGAACUUGGAAGAAGGGAUAUCAAUUACUUCAUUUGACAGACGGCACCUCCCGUCUUUGCACCUAAACGAUAAUCUUCUGAUCACCUUUUCUUGCUUUAAUACUUUUCUCGCACACUGGCUGUGUUAAACAGGACCAUGGUUCCUAUGAUAUUCUUUACAGCCUUGGCCCUGGCUGGCUUCAGUACGGCCAAAUUCGUCAAAGUUGAAGACACUUCUGUCCUUCCAGUCGGAUGGGAAAAGAUCGACCAAGCUGUCGAUCCUAGCCAUACGUUGCGGCUCUCUAUCGCUUUGCGACAGCCUGAUAUCGACAACCUGAAGACGAGCCUACGAAGACGCGAUUGUACAUCUGGGAAAUACACACAGAACCACCUCACUCAAAAAGAGGCAUUCGCCCUCCGAGAUCCGGAUCAAAAAGAUGUCGGCCAGGUACUGGGAUGGUUGAAGAGUAAAGGAGUCGCAGCAAAGGCAACGGCAGACAAGGAUUGGAUUCAUGUCAAGACAACUGUCAAGGCUGCGGAAGAUCUCCUCAAUACCAAGAUUGGAUUCUACAAGUUUGAGGACCAGAAGCCUGUUCUCCGAACAAAUCAAUAUUCGGUACCUGAGUCUGUUGCCAAUGCCGUCAACUUCAUCCACCCGAUUGCCAACUUCAUGCGACCCAAGAAGGAACUCACCACUCCCGAUCCAGCUCUGACACCAAGCAUGCUUAAAACGAUACAGCUCGAGAAGCGUGCCACUCCUUGCAGUCGGGCUGUCACCCCCGACUGUCUCCGUGAGCAAUACAACAUUAGCUACCCUGCUUAUAAUGGUAGCUCUCAAAUUCGCCUCGGUAUUGCCGGUUUUCUGGAGGAGAACGCCAACUACGAGGACAGCAACGACUUUCUCAGAAUCUAUGCAAAGCCCCUUUACGAAGCCCGUUACAACUUCUCGGUCCAGUUGAUCAACGGUGCCAACAACUCGCAAGAACUUUUCGACUCAGGAAACGAGGCGGCUCUUGAUGUUCAGUAUGGUAUGGCCCUCGGAUAUCCGACCAAUAUCACUUACUAUCUUGCCGAUGGUCGUGGGCCUACCUUGGACGGCGAUGGUGAAGAACUGCCCGAGGAGUACAACGACAAUGAGCCGUAUCUCGAAUUCCUCGAUUACCUUCUUGACCUCUCUGAUGACGAGAUACCUCAUGUCCUCUCCGUCUCUUACGGCGACAACGAAGUCUCAGUUCCCCGCAAGUACGCCGAGCGUGUUUGCUCCUUGUUCGGUCUUCUGACAGCGCGUGGUACAACCAUCGUAGCAGCCUCUGGUGAUGGAGGUGCAAAGGGAGCAAGCAACUCAACCUGUCGAACCAAUGACGGUAGCGACAAGGACGUUACCAUGUCUGUAUUCCCCGCAACUUGUCCAUGGGUCACAAGCGUUGGCGGCGUCACUUCUGGGGUUGAGCCCUUUGAAGGUGCUGAGUUCAGUGGAGGCGGUUUCUCUCAGUACUUCCCUCGUGAGAAGUGGCAGGAUUCUUCCAUCAAGAGCUAUGUCAAGGCUCUUGAUGGACAUCUCGACGGCCAUUAUAACGCCAGCAACCGAGGAGUACCUGACAUCUCUAUUUCAGCCACAAGUUUCAUCACUCGCUUGAAAGGUCAGGCAGUUGGUCUUAGAGGCACCAGCGCAAGUGCGCCUGUCGUCGCAGCUAUGCUUGCGCUCGUCAACGACGCACGUGUCCGGAAAGGCAAAGAAGUGCUGGGAUGGCUUAAUGAGGUUCUAUAUUCGGAGGAGGUGCAAGCAGCUCUCCAGGAUGUUACCAAAGGAGAGAGCCGAUCGUGCGAUUUCAGUAAGAGUGGCAGCCCAGGAGGCUGGCCGGCAGCAAAGGGCUGGGAUGCGAUCACAGGCCUGGGGGUUCCAUCUGACUUCCAGAAGCUAUUUGACGUGUUGGUCGAUAUCUGAAGGGAGAUCCACCGUCCGUUUUCGAUUCUAAAUAGUGUAUUUUUCUUAAUAGAAUUAAUAGCUCAGUUGAGGUAAAAGCCGGGUGCUAGCGAUAGGUG